GGAGUCCCCUCCAGUUCUACGUGGACGCCAUCAACCCCCGGCACGUGAGCGCCUACGGCCCAGGGCUGAGCCAUGGCAUGGUCAACAAGCCCUGCACCUUCACCAUCGUCACCAAGGAUGCCGGGGAGGGUGGCCUCUCCUUGGCGGUGGAAGGUCCUUCCAAGGCGGAGAUCACCUGUCAGGACAACAAGGAUGGGACCUGCACCGUGUCCUACCUGCCCACCGCACCCGGGGACUAUAACAUCAUUGUCCGCUUCGAUGACAAGCACAUCCCGGGCAGCCCCUUCACCGCCAAGAUCACCGGCAUCUCCUUCACGCCCAAGGAGGUGGGCGAGCACGUGGUGAGCGUGAAGAAGAGCGGGCAGCACGUCACCAACAGCCCCUUCAAGAUCCUGGUGGGGCAGUCGGAGAUCGGGGACGCCAGCCGGGUGAAGGUGUGGGGCAAGGGCCUGGUGGAAGGACACACCUUCGAGAUGUCCGAGUUCAUCGUGGACACACGCAGCGCCGGCUACGGUGGGCUGGGCCUGUCCAUCGAGGGUCCCAGCAAGGUGGACAUCAACUGCGAGGACGUGGAGGACGGCCCCUGCAAGGUCACCUACUGCCCCACCGAGCCCGGCAACUACAUCAUCAACAUCAAGUUCGCCGACAAACAUGUCCCAGGGAGCCCCUUCACGGGGAAGGACCGGGUUCACUUGUACAAGGACGGGUGCUUGCACGAGGGCCGCGUGCCCUUGCACGAGGGCCGGGUGCUCACGGGGGCCAGCAGCCCCCUCCCACGCGUGCUCCUUACACGAGGCCUGCACAAGUGA